CAUGGCCGCCAUGGCGGGGGUGGGCCUCAGCCGGCCCUGGCUGAGCCCCGCGGGGCCGGCGCUGCUCCUGCGCAGGCUCCGGCACAAGAAGAAGUGGGCGACCACGGAUUUCAAGUUCCCCUCCACCAAGCUGGCGCUCCAGAACUUCGACAUGAACUACAGCGUCCAGUUCGGGGACCUGUGGCCCUCCAUCCGCGUGGGCCUUCUGUCCGAACAGAAGUACGGAGCGCUGGUCAACCCCUUCGCCUCGGGGGACCGCGUGGCCCUGCAGCUGGAGAGUCUCAACGCCAAGGACUUUGUGGGCGAGGCCCACCGCGCGUCCCAGCGGGAAGCCGGCGGCUCCCAGAGCGACCCCCAAGUCUCCCCUCCGGCCCCAGGGCAGGCCCCCGUAGGGACGGACCGUCCCGGCAUCCCCAACCUCCGGUGCUACACGUUCGACAGAGGAGACGUCAGCCGGUUUCCCCCGGCCAGGAUGAGCCAGCUGGGCGUCCUGGAGUACUACCUGAUGGACGCGGCCUCGCUCCUCCCCGUGCUGGCGCUCAGCCCGCAGCCCGGCGACGCCAUCCUGGACCUCUGCGCCGCCCCGGGAGGGAAGACGCUGGCGCUCCUCCAGACCGGCUGUUGCCAGCGCCUGACGGCCAACGACAUCUCCACGUCCCGCACCGAGAGGCUGAGGAAGGUGCUCCGGAGCUACGUGCCCGCGGAUGCCCGGGGUGACGGGCGCGUGCAAGUCACGUCCGGCGAUGGCAGGCACUGGGGAGAGCUGGAGGCGGAUGCGUACGACCGGGUGCUGGUGGAUGUGCCCUGCACCACAGACCGGCACUCCCUGUCCGAGGAGGACAACAACAUCUUCACGCGGGCACGGAACAAGGAGCGCCAGAUGCUGCCCAUGCUGCAGUCGCAGCUGUUGGCAGCCGGGCUGCUCUCCACCAGACCCGGGGGAGAAGUGGUCUACUCGACGUGCUCCCUCUCCCACCUGCAGAACGAGUACGUCGUGAGCGGGGCCGUCGAACUUCUGGCCGAUCGGUACGGCAUCGGCGUCCAGGUGGAAGACCUGAGCAGCUUCCGGCAGCUUUUCCAGAACACGUUUUCUUUCUUCCCCGAGUGUAGGGUGGGGGAACUGGUGGUACCCCACCUCACGGCCAACUUCGGGCCCACGUACUUCUGCAAGCUGCGGAGGCUGCGGUAGCGUGGGAGAGGCAGCGGCGGGACGGCUGGAACUCAAGCUGGGGCGGGACGGGAGUCCGGGACCCCUGGGUUCCACUCCCGGCUGGGCCUCGGGCCCGCUGGGUGACUUCAGGCUGGUCGCUGACCCUUUCUGGGCCGCCCCUCCCUCCCUCUUAGAUGGCGAGCCCCACCGCGGGGACAGGGACCCGACGCGAUCGCUGAGUAUCUCCCUCCAGGCGUUUGGAGGACAGUAAGCGCCAAAUAAACACCGUAAACCAAAACCCUCAAAUCAAUCA